AUGGUCACUUGCUUCCAGGUGCCGGUGACCUCCACAUACACUGUUAGCCAGUGGAAACACGCCUGGACCCGACUUGCCAGCGAGCAGGCCAUUGUCCGAACGCAGUACGUCGAUAACGCCCUCGAAACGACCUCGUGGCCGCUCGGCGUGCCCGACAAGUACACCGAGCGGUCAUUCACCGACAUCCCGAUCGAGGACGACUGGACGGUGCAGGACGGCAUCGACCUGUGCAUGGAAUGGAGCGACUUUAGCCGCGUCCAACUCGCCGUUUUCCAUCACGACGCCGCAGCGCGCUACAUCAUGAUCACGAACACGCACGUCUUGGCCGAUGCCGGUGCUGUGUUUAGGCUCGCAGCGAGGCUGGCAUGGCACGCAGGCAAUGACUCUGAGGAGUGUCCCACCCACGGCCUCAACAUCACACCCCUCCAGGAGACCUCCACGCCAUCGCCAUGGCGCAACGCCCACCUAUUCUCCCAGACAGCAACCGACACCAUUCUCACACACUGUCGCGACUCGGGCUUCACCCUCACGUCAUGGGUGUAUGCCGCAGCAUGCCACGCUGUUCUCGCCGCGAACCCGCCCGCGACCUGGCCAGUCGCCUUCUCCUCCCCGGUCCAGCCCGUGUCCAAGCUUUCUGCUUCCACUCGACACCCAGUAGGCCAAGCAGCCUCCUCCAUGGCCGCACUUCCGCUUGCCUGGAGUGUGGAGAGGACGGACGCGGUGGCGGACACUGCGAGGCGCAUCCUCGCCGAGCUCAAAUGGGUCUCUGCCGCUUCUGUAGCCUCGCAAGAGUCGUACAUCUCCACCAUGCUCCGGGUGUACCAGGCCCAGCGCAACGCAAAGAGCACCAUUGCAUUCCCGACUGUCAACUCGCUCGGCAACCUGUCUCCAUUGCUGGAUGCGUACACUGGCGUCCAGGUGGCCACGCGCAACAAUCUGCCGACUCUCGGCGUGCACGCGUACACCCUGGGUGGGUGCCUCAACCUCAGCAUGGCAUGGUGUUCCUCUCGAUUCGAGUCGGAAGAGAUUGAGAAGUUUUGGACGACGUUUCUACGUUUGGUCGUGGAGAUAAAGUGA